GUAGUUUACAUAAUUGUAAUCGACGACUAAAAGAAUUUGCUUUUUGUACUUCACUUUUUUCCUUUGUCGCUUUGGCACUUCAAACAUUCAAAACUCGCUUGCUCGGCAGUGAUCUCUCAGUCUCUCUCUGAAGAAACCAGAGGAAUCAUCGGCGAAAUCGAGCGAUGGCCGGAGAUUCUGCGACGAAAAUCAAAGCCUAUGCGGUGCCUGCGGUUCUAUUCUCUCUUUCCAUGUUAUAUCAGCUCGUUCUUCUCCCUCGUGCCUUUCCCCCUUCUCAUUACGAUGUUUUGGGAUUAAAGACAUAUUGUUCAAUGGAAGAAGUGAAAGAGGCGUACGAGAAUCUUGAAUCCAAAUGGAAUUCAGGACUGGAAAUUCCUACUACCACUGAAUUUAUCAAGAUUCGGUAUGCUUAUGAGCUUUUGACAAAUCCCAUAUGGAAAAGGAAUUAUGAUGUAUUUGGAAUUAAUGAGCAAGAUCAUGUUCUGGAAAAACUCAGCCAACAAUAUGCAGGGGAAAAGUUCUCUAACAUAGCACUCCCAUUACUGCGUACUGUUGCUUCUGAUACUGGAGAUGAUGCUUUUAAUGUUAUUACUUCCAAGGAGUUUCAGUCUAUGUUUCAAGAUUCCAAACCAUGGUUACUUCAGGUGUAUUCAUAUGGCAGCAAUCAAUCUGCUCAAUUUGCUAAUUCGUGGAAAAGAAUUGCUGCUUUAUUGAAUGGGGUUGCAAACAUUGGCAUGGUAGAACUUGGUGAGGUUCAAGUUGCAGCCUACCUUUCUGAGAGAAAGCCAAUGGGCCGGUUCUUCUUCAGGAAUGGUCUUCCUUCAGUGGUUGCUUUCCCAUCAGGGUGUAAAACUUCAGACUGUCUUAUCCGGUUUGAGGGAGAGCUCUCUGUUGAUGCAGUAAUAGAUUGGUUUGCAAUGGCCGUACUUAAAUUGCCUCGCAUCUUUUACUAUUCAAAGGAAUCAUUGGGGCCAAGGUUUCUGGCAAAAAGCAGUCCCCAUAAGGUAAAAGUAAUUUUCUUCUCAAAAACAGGGGAGCGUGCAACUCCAGCAAUUCGUCAAGCUGCAAGGGAUUAUUGGAACUAUGCUACUUUUGCUUGUGUCCUAUGGCGUGAAGAGGAAUUUUCUGUUUGGUGGAAUACGUUUGGAGUGGAGUCUGCCCCUGCUGUCGUCUUCUUGAAAGAUCCAGGUCUAAAACCUCUUGUAUACCAUGGAUCAGUAAAUGAUUCAUGGUUUUUAGAUGUCUUGGAACAGAACAAACAGCAAGAGCUCCCUCAGUUAAGGAGUUUGACUUCAGAGGAACUAGGGUGUGAUGCUCGUGGCUAUUCUCGUGCUGGCCGUGAUACCUUGACCUGGUAUUGUGCUAUCCUAGCUGGAAGGCUGGGGCCAGAACUUGAUAGCAUGCGAGAAACCAUGCGCAGGGUCCAAGAAACAUUAUCAAAAUCUAGUGAGUUGAAGGCUGCAAGUGAAGAUGAGCACUCAAUAACAGCUGCUGUUGCUUUAAAAAGUAAGCGAUUGACAUUAAGCUGGCUUGAUGGGGAAACACAAAAGAACUACUGUUUUUUCUACCUUAAUAUUGAAAGUAGUUAUGAAACAUGUGGACCAAGGAGAGUUCCAACUGAUGUCCCUCGGUUAUUCAUUAUCCGCUAUGAAAGGAAUGCUACUGAAGAUACUUUUAAGGUAGAUAAGAAAGCAAAAAGUAUAUGGGAAUUCCACCAACAGGAAGUUGAUCCUGCUGCACAGCUUUCAGUGACUUACAAUGGUUCAGCUGAAGUUUCCCGGAUCAUCCAGUGGAUGUCAAACAUAAUUGAGGAUGGUGACUCCAGGAAACUCCCCUUCUAUAGGGUAAAAACACCAGAGCUAGUUCCUGAGGAUGCAGAGCCUUUCUGGUCAAGAGGUCCACAAGGCUUACUUUCCAAAAGCAUGGGAACAAAGCAAAAAAUCCAACGCACUAUAAUUCGAAUAUAUGAUUAUCUAGGUGAUCCAAGGAUUGGUCCAGCUUUGCUUUUGGGAGCCUUGAUGUCCUUUGGUAGCAUCUGGCUGAUGAGGACUCAACAAAAUCGUUCGGUUCAGUCAAGCCAACCGAGCCAAGCAGAUAAUGGUGUAGGAUAAACUGAAACCAAGAGAGAGAUGCCGGGAAAGGAAUGCAUCGAAACGCAACUUACCUCCUUCAAUAACUGAUUUUGAGCCAAAGGAUUCAUACCAGAUGCCACUGUCGGACUCGGACUAAGUCGCUUAACAAAAAAAAUGCAAAUCCAAAAGUAGAAAGCAUGCAAUGUAAGUGGCUACCAGGUGACAUAAAUACAUACAUGACUAGGAUUUGUGUGCCUUUAAACGAACAGGCUGUCAAAUGGACACAUCUUGAGGCACCCUUGACACUAAAUAGAAAUGCUCAUGCAAUAAAUUUUCUCCCACUUCAUUUUGCUUAAA